AUGAGGAACGAGCAGGAGAUUCUUCUUCGCGAAAAGCACCACAAACGACUCCGAGACGGACAUGAACCCCUCGGCUCCGUCACCAGCCAGUACCAAUCCUACAUGCCCAUGACUUAUACGCCCUCGAAGUCUGCCACGGCCUCGCCCAAGGCAGCCCCCGUGGCCCCCGACAAGCGGCCCGCAACCAAGGCUUCGGACUCAGCCAAGAAGGAACGGGGCUCGGCCUUUCCCCUUGUCCGUUAUCUGGAGAAGCAAUAUGAGGCAACCCCCGAGUGUCCUGUGCCCAUGGUCGCCGCCAUCGUUGGCCAGCACGACAUUACAAACGAUCAGCUCCUCGCCCGUGGCCGGGAGCCGGACGAACAUGAUCUGGAGGCGGACAAGACUACGCAGCCAACAGGCAAGUUCAUCGAGCACCUGCUUGCGCGAGAUCCGGUUGCGGCCACGCCAGGUUCCGAGCCCUCGCAUCCAAUUGGCAAGGACCCCACGACGACGCAAGAUCCGGGCUCGUCACGUCACGACAUGGCUCGUGACCAGGUGGCCCAAACUGGCCUUCGCAGCCGGCCUCAUACCCUCAAGGACGACGACUCGUUCGUCCUCAUGCCGCCAAGGUCGAAGCACAUCCUCCAGUCCGAUCCGGCCGUCACGACGCCGGGUCACGAGACGCCCCAUACCUUGGACCGCGACGCCGUCAAGGUCUCGGUCGGAAGCCUGGUCCUGCCACACAGAUUGGGGGACGAUGCGAGGGUAAGCCAAGGGUCGGAAUCGUCAGCGCACCCCAUUGAGGCAGACAAGGCCGUGCCCGCGAGACACCACAGCAAGCCACAUCGGCUGGGCGACUGA